UAAUACUUCUGUUUGUUCCGCUAAAGAGGUAUUUUAUCAGGAACAAAACUUUGACACCGUACGCUUUCUUCUAUAGGUGCUAUUUUCAACCUCAGUUCUGUUGGAAGUACAGAAAAGAUGGCGCCAAUUCCCAUCACUAUCGUUACAGGCUUUCUGGGAUCAGGAAAAACGACACUCAUUCUCAACCUGAUCCCUCAACUUCGCGCUCAGAACCCAGACUAUAAGCUUGCGCUUCUCAAGAACGAAUUCGGCGAUCUCGCAGUCGACUCACAACUCGCGGCCAACUCUGCCAUUUCGGGCGUUCAAGAACUUCUCAACGGCUGCAUCUGUUGUAACCUCGUCGGUCAACUCGGCCCCGCGCUCGAAGAACUAGACAAGACCGUCACACCCGAUCGAAUCGUUAUUGAAACCAGCGGCUCAGCUUUCCCUGCGACCCUCGCCCUCGAAGUCAACCGCUUGGCGCGCGAGUCUGGGAAAUAUAUCCUCGAUGGUGUCAUCAGCGUCAUUGACGUUGAGAACUGGAAGGGUUAUGAGGACACUAGCUACACAGCACGCAUCCAAGCGCGCUACACCGAUCUCAUUGUCUUCAACAAGUGGGAGAAUGUCAGCAUGCUGCGAUACGACGAGUGUCUUGACCGAGUCGGCGAUCUGGAAGUAGAUGUUGCCAAGGUCAAGAGCGACAAGGGCAAAGUGUCGAUGGACUUGAUCUUUGGUGUUGAUGGUGGAUUGGCGAAGGAGUUGACAGAGGCGGAUGUUGAAAAGACCAACGGCCACAGCCAUGGAGACUCCAAUGGCACAACAAACGGCCACUCUCACAACCAUCAAAGCGAAGUCGAAGUUCUGUCAGUCGUCCUCAAAGCCGAUCCUUCAGCACGAAUCUCGACCGAAAAGCUCAUCGCCUUCCUCUCCUCAGCCCCCAAAGACGAAGCCUACCGCAUCAAGGCCCUCGUCUCACUCUCAUCAACACCCACAAACUCCGAUCCCGAUAUCCCCCCACCAGAGCCAAGCGCCUCCGGUCGAUAUAUCCUCAACUGGGCAUUUGGCCGCUGGACGUUCACACCUGUUGCGGAAUCAUUGCAGGAGCAUGACUCGAGCAGUGACGUUACAUUACGCAUGACAAUAAUUUUCCCGCGAUAUGAGAGCAACAAGUGGAAGAAAAGAAUUGAAGCUGGUGGCUUGAUAGAAUUAGAAGGUGGAGGUUCAAGCGGAUUGACUGUUACUAAAAUUCUAUAGAUUAAGACAUAGACAUUAAAGAUGAGAUGGGGUUAGAUGAGAGAAGAUGUCACGAAGAGAUGGAAGAGAUGGUUAUGAAGAAUAGAC